CAUGGCGGUGAUCACUUAGGUUAAAAGCCGCACGAGGUUUCCGAUUUUCGGGGCGUUUUACUCAAACAGUAGAUAAAAUAUAUCGGUCGCAACUAUAUACAAGUGUGGUUUAUCUAUCGAAGAUUCAGAAAAACCAUAAAACAGCAGUAUGGGUAACGUACAUGCAGCGGCAGCAGGCAAUGUCACGGCUCCGGCUUCCGCAACUCUCGUCCCUCCACCACCGCCGAUGACCGCUGCGGGCACUGCUGCUGCAAAACCCGAAGAAAUGGCUGAUAAUGCCAACGGAAUGAACCCUGGCUCAUUUGAGGAUUUGCACAAGAGGUGCAAGGAUAUUUUUCCUUCACCAUUUGAAGGGGCCAAACUCCUGAUCAAUAAGGGAUUGAGUAAUCAUUUCCAGAUUAGUCAUACAUUGACAAUGAGCAGCCUCCAACCCUCAGGAUACAAGUUCGGAUGCACAUACGUAGGAACAAAGUCAUACAGUCCAAUGGAGGUGUUCCCUGUAUUAAUUGGUGAGGUCGACCCAAGUGGUAAUCUGAAUGCCAACAUUAUUCAUCAGUUCUCUGAGAGAAUUAGGUGCAAAUUCAUGUCACAGAUUCAAAAUUCAAAAAUGGUGACUACUCAGUUUACAUCGGAUUAUAAAGGAAACGAUUUUACUGCCUCCAGUACUCUGGGAAAUAUAGACGUUCUAGAAGAAUCAGGGAUAAUCGUUAACCAGUAUCUUCAAAACCUAUCAAAGAAUUUUGCGAUGGGUGCUGAGCUGUUGUAUCAAUACGGGCCACAAGUUCCUGGCAGGGAAAUAGCUGUGUUCACAUUGGCUGCUAGAUAUUCAUCAAAAGACUGGCAAUUUAGUACCAAUGUUUGUCCAUCGGCCGGUGGGGCACAUGCAUGUUACUAUCAUAAAGUCAACGACAAUUUACAACUAGGAAUGGAAAUGGAGGGUAGUCUUAGAAUGCAGGAAUGUACAGCUACGAUAGGUUAUCAGUAUGACCUUCCAAAUGCUAAUAUAACUAUGAGAGGUCAGUUUGACAGCAACUGGUGUGUAGGUGCCGUUUUAGAGAAGAAGCUGCUACCAUUGCCAUUCACUCUUGCACUCAGUGGAUAUGCUAAUCAAGUCAAGUCGGCGUACCGAUUUGGACUCGGACUCAUUGUAGGAUAAUUGAAUAUCAACAUGUAUUUUAACAAUCCGGAGUGUGUGGCUAAACCACUUUACGACGAUCGAUAUUAUGAUAGAUAUUUCUGUCCGGUUUGUCAUUUGGUUCGCAUCGAUACCCCAAAAUGGCGUUUUGGUGCAUGUUGCAGUGCAUGGCGUUAGGUUAUUGCCGCAAAUGACGCCCUAGAAAGCAGUCCCAGACAUAAUCAUAAUAACGUUGUGGGCCGUCCAGUUGUGAAGUGGUCAGCUUCGAGGAUUAGCAUGUAAUGUCACCAAAUGUCGUUACACCUGCGAAAUCUUGUUCCAUAUACAUAUGUGAAUUCCUUGUGCAUGUUGUGCACUGUGAGGGGACUGGGGACUUUGCCUGAUAUUUGGGCUCUUGUCUGGGGCAUGAUGUUCCGGCCCAAUUCUGCCAGUGACAGAUCACAGGAUUGCUGUGUUGAGGCUCCAGCAGUAAACAAACACAGUGGUAAUUGCAAAAAUCUUAUAGAUGUGUCGUUUGGAAGUGUCUUGUUUCUCGGCAAUCACUGUAACUCGGCAGAUUUGGGACAUGGUACUGAUAGAAUGUGAUAAAAGCUUUACGAACCGUUUGCAACUCAUUUGGAGUUGUUGUUUUUUUCAAAUUAGAUAUUUCUGGGUAGUUUGGUGAUCUGGAGGCCAUUGAGAAUACUUAUGGCCAUUGGAAAUAGGCCCCACUUUAUAUUCCCUGAACACUCCUUUUGGUUUGGGAGACCAAAUCAUGGUUUGCAUUUUGCACAUUGGGUAUUCCCCUUUCUCACCUAAAGUAUUAUCCUGUGAUAGGGUAAUCGUUCUAUUGACCCGCACAAACUGUAUUCCAUGGAUUUUUGCUCACGUUACGGCUCUCGGUACACAUCCAAGUAUUGCACAGUAAACAUUUGGUUCAAAAGUUUACUUGUUGAAAGCAUGAUUUCUUGAAUUACAUGACACGUAACUGAAACCUGUUACCAGUGACAAAAUAUGUUAUGAAAACUGGUAUUGUACCUCUGUCUUUAAAAACCUUGAGUGGACCAACUUAAUGUCUUGGCCAGUCCAUUUAGUGUUGAUGAAGUAACAGAUUCUUUGUAUUAUCUGUUCGGCAAGAUUGUUUCCUAGGUACUUCUGAAACAAUCUGUGUCGUCAAUAUUUUUAAUUCUUAGCGAUACCCUUUCCUUACAAUUCAUGAUGGGGGUGGUUCUUGCUCUUCCAAGUAACCGUUAGCGGUCAAAACCAAAGUUGCAUUAGGUAACCUGACGUUAUUGCAUUCGUACCAAAUGGACUGGUUAUUGGCUGCCUAUUCUACAACACCUUUGAUUACAAUGAAGAAUUGAUCACAGUGUAUAAUGCACUUCACCCACUGUGCCUUGCUUUGACUGCAGUUCAGUUUCAGGUGUUUUAGAAUGAAAAUUGAUACCGAACUGGAAGCUCUGGUUGUCUCACCUAACACCGAGAGGGUGGAGCUAUCAUUUCAUCCAAAACGUUGGCAGCUGUCACCCUCGUGGUUUUUUGGUGAGACAACCAAUACCUUCAGUGCGAUAUCAAUUCCACAUUGUCAUAGGGCGCAAGCUUUGAAGAGUAUGUAUUGAAAGUUGUUGUGGUUCCAGCAGUGUCUUCAGCAUGUUGGGUUGGAAGACGUGGCAUUUCAGGCUGCUGAACACCCUUGGAGAAUUGAGCCCUUUUGUCUGAUAAUUUGACUGAAUCUUGGACUCCAACAUGACCAUGGGAGUUGUAUGUUUGUUGUGAAUAUUUUAACCAGUUUGAGAGAGAUUAAGUAAUGGUUGUAUACUAGGAACUUUUGAAUAAAUUAAUUGGAUAUUUCCAUAAAA